CGGUUCAUCGCACUCGCUGCAACACGUCUUGUCAACCUUGCAGUUUACGCGUGGCCCAGGGAGACAGUGACAGGCUAGUGAAAGAGGUCGGAGUAGCUGGAUGUAAAGGCAAAAUAAUCGUAAUUCAAAAUUGUACAGAUCAGUGGAUUUUAAAGCAAUCCAAUAAGAGUGGACGUUGAAGUGAAAUUUAUGUUCCAAUCGGGAACUCUUCCCUCAACAUGAGGGGCCGUCAUUGAUUCAGGCAUUGAACAAACAUGUUGCGAAGUUCAAUAUCCUUAUUUUAAGUAUUGGGUUAGAGCACUCAGCGCAAUUACGCACGGCAUCAAAAUGGUUUCAUUUGUGGAUAGACAUGCCCCUGCUUUGUUCCUCGUAUGGGGCUACUGCGUCCUGGCGGACACAGUAUUUUCUAACUUUACCCUGGACAAUGAGGUCCACUCGAGUUUCAUCCACCGGCGGCUGAAAAGCCAGGAGCGCAGGGAGAUGCAGCGGGAAAUCCUAUCGAUACUCGGGCUCCCACACCGGCCGCGACCGCAUCUCCACGGGAAGCACAACGCGGCCCCAAUGUUCAUGAUGGACCUGUACAAUGCCAUGUCCACGGAGGGGGAAGAGGACGCGUACUCCUAUCCAUACAAACCCGUCUUCACCACCCAGGGGCCGCCGAUAGCAACUCUACAGGACAACAACUUGCUAAACGACGCAGACAUGGUUAUGAGCUUUGUCAAUUUAGUGGAGCACGAUAAGGAGUUUCUCUCGGUCCGGCGGCACCACAGAGAGUUUCGUUUCGACCUAUCACGUAUUCCCGAUGGGGAAGCGGUCACCGCUGCAGAGUUCCGCAUCUAUAAGGACUUCAUCCACGAGCGCUUUGAGAAUGAGACCUUCCGCAUCAGUGUCUACCAGGUGCUGAAGGAACACAACGACAGGAAGUCGGACCUGUUUCUGUUAGACUCGCGGGUCAUCUGGGCGGCUGAGGAGGGGUGGCUGGUGAUUGAUGUGACAUUGACCAGUAACCACUGGGUUCUGAAUCCUGGACACAACCUGGGCCUGCAGCUGGCUCUGGAGAGCACUGCCGGUGAGAGUGUGAACCCGCGGAUGGCAGGGCUGAUCGGCCUCAGUGGUCCUCAGAAUAAACAGCCCUUCAUGGUGGCCUUCUUCAAAGCCACAGAGGUGCACCUGCGCAGCAUCCGCUCAGCACCAGGGGGCACCAAACAACGCAACCCCAACCGCUCCAAAGGGGCCAACAAGGGCCAGGAGGGACUCCGAGUGACCAACAUCGCAGAGAACAGCAGUGCUGAUCAGAAGCAGGCAUGCAAGAAACACGAGCUCUAUGUCAGCUUCAGAGACCUGGGGUGGCAGGACUGGAUCAUAGCUCCAGAGGGCUAUGCAGCUUAUUACUGUGAGGGAGAGUGUGCCUUCCCUCUCAACUCCUACAUGAAUGCCACUAACCACGCCAUUGUGCAGACCCUAGUCCACCUAAUAAACCCAGACACCAUUCCUAAGCCCUGCUGUGCUCCCACCCAGCUCCAUGCCAUCUCAGUGCUCUACUUUGACGACAGCUCCAAUGUCAUCCUCAAGAAGUACCGCAACAUGGUGGUCAGAGCCUGUGGCUGCCAUUAGACUACAGCCAACCUCGAACCCUCACAACACACACACACAUUCCUGCCUCUAAAUAUCCCUCAACGCACGUGACUUUCAUCUAGAGACUUGAAUGGACACAUGAAUGAACUACAUGUCCUAGAGUGCCUUGCCGUGCUGCUGGAUAGGAGCUACAUGAGGACUGGCAGACAAUCAUGAUUAUUGAGUCCAACUUAGAACACACACAACCCCCCCCCCCCCACACACACACUCUCUGUGCUUUCUACUGUGUAUGAGACAUUUUAAGCAGUGAUUGUAUAGUAAUACACAGUCAACAAUAUUUUGUUAAUGUCAAUAUGUUUUCUGUGUAGUUAAAGGUGUUUUUCUAGAUAUUUUUGAUCUAUAUUGUUUUCGUAUGCUUUUUAUGACUGAAAGACCAGGCUUUAGGAAGUGUGGAUUCUCUAUGGACUCUUCAUGUACAUUACUGUGUAAAUAGUUUUUCAAACAAAGAGAAGCGUAUUUAUUUCCUGGUCUUGGGAAUGUUAAGGGUAGGUUCAAUGUUUCUCCUCUGUACUCCAGUGUCUACAUGUACUGUAUGUUAUGCAACUCUUUACAUUGCGUCCCACUCAUCAUACAGUAUAGUACAAACACACCUCUCUCUUUCUCUCUCUCCCGCUCUUCCGCUCUCUUUCUGUCUCUUUCUUUCUCUCUCUCUCUCUUUUUCUAUCUCUCUUGUUCUCUCCCGCUCUGUUUCUCACCAUGCUUGCUCAGUUGUUUGUCCUGCACAGUACAGUGUUAAAUCUAUCAUCAGUACGGACCUAUCAUUACACUCUUCUCAUGGGAAACAACUCUGCCCUUUCCUCUCCAUAUCCCAAACAUUGUCUUAAUGUUACUCUGAUGUCAUACGCACACUAGUGUAUUGACUCAGAUAUAGAAAGAAAAUGGAUAGUUCUCUUCAGAAAAAACGUCAUUUGCAUUAAUAUAGCUCUGUUUAUAUAUAAGCUAGGGUUAAAAAAGUGUCACACAAGUCAUUGAGAAACAAUAAUACAGAGGGUUUCAGAAAAACAGACGUAAGAGAAAGAAGGGGGAUUGAGAGAGAUAGAUAUGUGUAUCUGUGUGCCAGGUCAUUUUAGGAUGAACUGUUUUUCUAUCCUCUGCCGUAAAGUCUACCUUAUUUAAGAGGACUAUUUAUUGAGAGCCGAGAAGGAUGGUAUUCUCUGCCAACGCAGCAUCUUAUUAACUCACAAAAGUCUUUGUUUUACUGCAAAACUGGUUCAAUAAAAUGGGAGGAAGCAUCGCUGACUUUCUGGUGUCGGGUUUCUUUUCCCUAACCAACAGCACACUUUCCUCUCAUCUCUCCUCUUUUCUUUCCCCUCUUUGCGUUCUACCCUUUCUCGUCUUUCCUCACCUCUCUCACUGCUCUCCCCUCUCUUCACUUUCCUCUCUCCUCUCCCCCCUCUCCUCUCCCCUCUCUCCCCUCUCAUCUCCUCACCCCUCUCCUAAAUAGCGUUUCAAUCGGUGACGUCACUUGCUCUGAGACCUUGAAGUAGUUGUUCCCCUUGCUCUGCUUUUGUGGAGCGAUGGGUAACGAUGCUUCGUGGGUGACUGUUGUUGAAGUGUGCAGAGGGUCCCUGGUUCGCGCCCGGGUAUGGGCGAGGGGACGGACUAAAGUUAUACUGGAGCAUUGAUGCUGUUGACCCGGAUCACUGAUUGCUGUGGAAAAGGAGGAGGUCAAAAGGGGGGUGAGUGUAAUGGAUGCGAAAUGGCUAGCUUAGUUAGCGGUGAUGCGCGCUAAAUAGCGUUUCAAUCGGUGACGUCACUUGCUCUGAGACCUUGAAGUAGUUGUUCCCCUUGCUCUGCAAGGGCCGCAGAUUUUGUGGAGCGAUUGGUAACGAUGCUUCGUGGGUGACUGUUGUUGAUGUGUGCAGAGGGUCCCUGAUUCGCGCCCGGGUAUGGGCGAGGGGACGGUUUAAAGUUAUACUGUUACACUAGCUAUUAGCUACGAGCUUUGUUAUGUUUUGGUAGCGGAGCACUGAAUAAUUAUAGCUAGUUGGCUAAGCUUUGAUCAGCAUGAAUAUCUGAAAAUGGCUGGGCAUCAUUUUGAGUGCGAUGCCAAGCUCACGAGCAGUCUGCAGGCCUGGCCACUGAGGUUGAGGAGCCUAGCAUCAAAUGUAAUACCCGCCCACCCCCUACGCCGUCUGCUGACCAACAUGAUCAAAAAAAGGGCCUAGCGACAGCAGAACCAGGGUAACAUUACAACAAGCACCUGCACCUCCGUUACCCCAGCCACUAGCACCUGCACCUCCGUUACCCCAGCCACUAGCACCUGCACCUCCGUUACCCCAGUCACUAGCACCUGCACCUCCGUUACCCCAGCCACUAGCACCUGCACCUCCGUUACCCCAGUCACUAGCACCUGCACCUCCGUUACCCCAGUCACUAGCAC